CCAGCGGACCGGGGGCGGGUGCUGAUGGAGGUUUAGUGUCUGUUUCUCUCACCGUGCUCCCCGGGUUAAAGGGGGUGGCCGAACGACCACCACCACCACCAUCGUCGUCGUCACCAUGGACCCCAGUGCCUUGGAGCAGGACGCCGUCAAGUUUGCCCAGGUGGCGGUGAGGAACGAUCAGAGCGGCCGCUUCAACGAGGCUGUCUUUUACUACAAGGAAGCUGCUCAAGCAUUAAUAUGCGCUGGCAUGGCUGGCUCAAAGUUGGAUGGUAUUCAGGAGAAAAUAACUGAGUACAUGGACCGUGUGCAGGCUCUUUACUCUGCAGUUCAAGCACAGGCCCACAAAGGACACCCUCUGAAAUCAAAGCAGCAGAUGGAUCUGGAACGUGCACACUUCCUGGUCACACAAGCAUUUGAUGAAGAUGAGAAGGGCAAUGCUGACGAGGCUGUGGAACUGUACACUGAGGCUGUUGAAUUAUGCCUGAACACAGCUAAUGAGACCUCUGAUCAAACACUGCAGGGUAAAUUGAAACAAUUAGCUCGACAAGCACUUGACAGAGCUGAAGCAUUAAAAGACUCUGCACCCAAAAUUCCUGCAGAAAAGAAGCACAGUGUGGGGAAGCCAAGUCAGCCAGUUCGAGCCUUCCACCCGCUGGGAUCAGAUUUUACACUGAAUGAUAAACCACUUAUAUCUAGAGUGCAGGGCAGUGAACAGUCAUCCCAUGGCCAGCUUUACUCACCAGAGGAAAUUGAGGUGCUACGAAAAACUUCUAAGAUCAAUGGAAUUGAAUAUGUGCCUUUCAUGACUGUGGAUCUCAAAGAGCGAUUUGCAUUUCCGAUGCCCUUUUCGGAUAAAGCAGGCAAGCUGGUAUUAUCACCAAAGCAGAAAGCGUUGUUUUCCCGGUGGGUACGACCAGAUGACUUCUGCAACAACCCUACAAUGAUCUAUACUGUAUCUAGCUUUAGUAUAAAACAGACUGUGGUAUCAGACUGUUCCUUUGUGGCCUCUCUAGCCAUCGGAGCUGCAUAUGAAAGACGUUACAAUAAAAAAUUGAUCACAAGCAUUAUUUAUCCUCAGAAUAGAAAGGGUGAGCCAGAGUAUAAUCCCUGUGGGAAAUACAUGGUGAAACUACACAUCAAUGGUGUUCCCAGAAAGGUGGUCAUUGAUGACUAUUUGCCUGUGGAUUACAAUGGUGACCUGCUGUGUUCGUACUCCAAUAACAAAAAUGAGCUUUGGGUUUCUUUGAUCGAAAAGGCCUACAUGAAGGUUAUGGGAGGAUAUGAUUUUCCAGGCUCCAAUUCUAACAUCGAUCUCCAUGCUUUAACUGGCUGGAUACCUGAGCGAAUUGCGAUGCAUUCAGACAAUCAGAAGUUUGAUUAUGAGGGCACUUUCAAAAUGCUAUAUCAAAGAUUUCACAAGGGAGAUGUUCUGAUUACUACAGCAACUGGCAUUAUGAGUGAGGAAGAAGGAGAGCGAUGGGGACUGGUACCAACACACGCAUAUGCUGUUCUUGACAUUCGGGAGUACAAGGGUUCUAAAUUUCUUCAGCUCAAAAAUCCCUGGAGCCAUUUACGAUGGAAAGGCCGAUAUAGUGAUAAAGAUGAGAAAAGCUGGACCCUAGCUCUCCAGAAAUAUUUGAACUUUGAUCCUAAAACAGCACAGAAAUUUGACAAUGGAAUAUUUUGGAUCAACUGGGAGGACCUUUGCCAACAUUAUGACGUUAUUUACCUAAGCUGGAAUCCUGCACUGUUCAAAGAGUCAACCUAUAUUCACAGUACUUGGGAUGCAAAGCAAGGCCCUGUGAAGGAUGCGUACAGCCUGGCUAACAAUCCGCAAUACAAAUUGGAGGUGCAGUGUCCACAAGGUGGUGCUGCAGUUUGGGUUCUACUGACUAGACACAUUAUUGAUAAGGAUGAUUUUGCUCACAAUAGAGAAUUCAUAACAUUGGUAGUUUAUCAGACUGGAGGAAAGAAGGUUUACUAUCCAAGUGAUCCUCCACCUUUUAUUGAUGGAAUACGAAUAAACAGCCCUCAUUAUCUUACAAAGAUCAAGUUGACAACACCAGGGACAAACACAUUUACUUUAGUGGUGUCUCAGUAUGAGAAGCAGAACACCAUCCAUUACACACUGAGGGUAUACUCCAUGUGCAAGUAUUCAUUUUCAAAGAUCCCAUUUCCAUACACUCAUUACAAGAGGGUAAAUGGUCAGUGGAAGGGUCCGAGUGCAGGAGGAUGUGGAAAUUACAGAGACAGCUACAAGAAGAAUCCAGUGUACCAAAUCAGUGUAGAGAAAAUUGGACCAUUGCUGAUUGAGCUACGUGGCCCGAGGCAAUACAGUGUUGGAUUUGAAAUGGUGACGGUCUCAACAGUGGGAGACACUGAAUUCCAUAAAAAACCCAGUGGAGAUUACAGAUGUGGAUUCUGUUACUUGGAAGUUGAGCGAGUCCCUACAGGAGUUUACAAUGUCAUCCCAACGACCUUCCUGCCUGCUCAGGAAGGCCCUUUUUUCUUAGACUUCCAUAGUAUCAUUCCACUCAAGAUUUCACAGUUACAGUGAAAUGAAGACUGUAAUGAGCACUUUUACUCUUGAAUCAUGGACAUGCCUAAAAAAAAAGCUUUUUUAGAAAAAGUGACAUCUUCUCAGGCACUAAUGGAAUGUAUUCAUACAUCUUUGAGAGAGUCUAAAUGGAGAUGGUUAUAGCUGGGGAAGGUUCCUGUACUUCCAAAGUCGUUCAAGUCUCAUACUUUUUGGGGGAAAAAUGAAGGAAUUAUGUUUUUAUGAUCAAUGUACAUAUUUUUACUGUAGAAUAUAACUGGGAGUCUUUUGCAAUUUAAUUUGCAGCUGUUUAUUCCCAGGAUUGCAAUCAGUUAAUCAGAAUAGAUUUUAAGUACUCAGUUGAAAACUCUGUUGCCAGCUCUUUACAGGAUGAUGCAAGUACAGAAACUGAUCUCUUAACCUACCUGAAAAGCAGCUGUUGAUGUUUACUGGACUGGCUCUGCAACUUAGGGACAUGUGCAAUGUAUAUUGUAAAGAACAGUAAAUAUUUGUAAUCAUACAAAUCAAUCUUUUUAUAAAAAGUGGAUGCUGGUCUGGUGAUUCUAAA